CAUAUGUACGCUAUAGUAUAAAUGUAGUUAAGUUGUAUUACACGUGACUAUAUAGGGCUUCAUUACUGCUCAGGGACUUGGUCAUUGAAUAUUCAUUGAAAAGCAACGGGAGUUCUCGGUUUACGACGGAGUGCGUCUGUGCGCGUGGUGGGAACGGUAGCAAGAUGGCGGCGCUGAAGGAGGAGCAGUGCUACGGACUGUCCUGUGGAAGAGUGAGCAACGGUAGCAAUGUAUCCGUAUUUCACGUUAAACUCACUGACAGCGCACUGCGAGCGUUUGAAGGCUAUCAGAGCAGCAAGGUCUUGUCAUCACGACCAUUGAUCAGAUUUAAUGGAAACCAAGGGAAAAUUUCAAUACCACGGUCAGAAAAUUCCAGUGAACUGCAAACGUUUACUUUCUACCUGUCCCAUGUGGGCAGAGAUAACCCCCAGGGCAGCUUCGACUGCAUCCAGCAGUACAUCACCAGUGAAGGGAGUAUUCAGCUGGAUUGUUUGGGUGGGAUCCAGGACAAGAUUACAGUAUGUGCCACAGAUGACUCCUACCAGAAGGCCAGGGAAAAUAUGGCCCAGGUUGAAGAGGAGACUCGCAGUAGGAGUGCUAUCGUCAUCAAGCCUGGGGGAAGAUAUGUAGGUAAGAAGGUUCAGAUCCGGAAACCGGCACCUGGCCUCUCAGACAUCGCCCCGUUGCGGAGGACAUCUCGGCCUGUCAUCAUCUCUAGCAACACGCUAAAGAAGGGCACAGCUCAGCACAGGCCGCUCCGGGAGCGCCUCACACACCUGCUGGCCCUCAAGCCUUACAAGAAGCCUGAGCUGAUCCUGAGGUUGCAGAAAGAUGGCCUCUUGCCAUUAGACAAGGACUCCCUGGAUAGCCACCUGCAACAGGUGGCAAACCUGAAUGGGAAAGACAACACCUUCACAUUGAAGGACUUUUUGUAUAAGGAGAUUCAGAAGGACUGGCCAGGCUACACAGAAGGAGACCAGCAGCUUCUUAAGAGAAUCAUGUUUAAAAAACAGAGCCAGGCCCAGAACAGCUCUGCCCCUCCACUGGAGAGCCCGCCCAAAGAGUUGGCCAGCAGCUCGCCAUCUCAGAAACGGCCCCCUGCCGACUUCAUCGACCCUCUUGCCAACAAAAAGCCCAGGAUAUCGCAUCUCGCCAGCAAAGCUGUAACAGCCACUGUUAAUGGCAAGCUCAGCUCCUCCAACGGGAGAGGGGAGGCAGGUGAAGCGCAGGCAGGAGUGGCGGUUUCUAUGUCAGACGGCGGCAUGACGUCCAGCUCCCAGCAGCUCCCCGUGCUGGACAUCCCCCGUCCUUUCGAAGCACUUUCAGAUGUCAGCAAUGACUCCAGCCACAACGGGAGAGAUUGUGACUCUCAGGAAACGGCCGUGUCCGAGCGGCUGAGCCAACCUCCUUCGUUGUUCUCGGGCACGACGACAACAUCUCCUGGACACGCAGGCGCCGAUGGCCCUCGGGACAAGAGUCCUUCAUCCUUCAGCAACAAGUCCAGGAAGAAGUCAAAAAAGCAUAAAGACAAGGAGAAAAGCAAAGACAAGGAGAGGGUGAGAGAGAGGGUGCAGGAGAAGGAGAAGAAGAGUCGUGGUGAGCGUGUGCCUGAGCCUAGCCGAGCCUGUGCGAUGAGCCCAGGAAACCUCACAAGCAACAGUAUUCCACACAAAAGCACAGAUUUAAAUGGGAUGUGCAACAGUACCAGUAUUCCUACGUCAUCACCCGAGGUGGCAGACUAUUUAUUGAAGUACACGGUGAUCGGCUCUGCGGAGCAGCGUCAGAGGUAUAAAAAUGAUUUCAACGCAGAGUACAGUGAGUACCGGGGUCUGCAUGCUCGGAUAGAGGGCAUCACCCGGCAGUUCACUGUGCUCGACAAUGAGCUGAAACAACUCCAUCAAGGCACAGACAAGUACAAGACAAUCCACAAUCAGAUACUUCAAGAGUAUCAUAAAAUAAAAAAGACUAAUCCAAACUAUAGCCAAGAGAAGAAUCGCUGUGAAUAUCUACACAACAAACUGGCAUAUAUCAAGAGACUUAUUGCCGAGUACGAUCAACAGCAACUUUAAAAGUAGUCAGUAGACAUUGUUUCCCUGUUGUCUCUGGAAACCAAGCAGAUAAAGGAAAACUCUGGAUUCCGCCUGUGCGAAAAAAAAAUAAAAAUGUUCUCAUGGAAGACGCCAUGAAAGGAG